AUGUGCACCGCGCCAAAUAUGUCCUCAUCCAUCUAUUUUACAGUUGGAGAUCUAUUUUCAAUAUCUAUCUAUUCAUUUCAAUGUUUUCAUUCUCUAUCUAUCUAUCUUAAUUUUUUCAUUAUCUCUUUCAAUGUUUUAUCUAUCUAUCUAUCUAUCUAUCUAUCUAUCUAUCUAUCUAUCUCAGUGUUUUCAAUAUUUAUCUAUCUAUUUAUUUCAAUGUUUUCAAUAUCAAUCUAUCUACACAUUUCAAUAUUUUCAUUAUGUAUCAAUUUGAAUGCUUUUAUUUAUUUCAGUGUUUUCUUUCUUUAUCUAUCUAUCUAUCUAUCUAUCUAUCUAUCUAUCUAUCUAUCUAUCUAUCAAUCUAUCUAUCUAUCUAUAUCUAUUUCAAUUGUUUUCAAUUACAAUCUAUCUACACAUUUCAAUAUUUUCAUUAUGUAUUUAUUUGAAUGUUUUUAUUUAUUUCAAUGUUUUCAUUAUCUAUCUAUCUCAAUUUGUUCAUUAUCUAUUUCAAUGUUUUAUCUAUCUAUCUAUCUAUCUAUCUAUCUAUCUAUCUAUCUAUCUAUCUAUCUAUCUAUCUCAUGA